AUGCAGCUCUCAAGCCUCCUCGUCUUUGUCGGCGCCGUCGCCGCCCUCGACAUCCCGACCCACAUCAGCCGCGACGCCCCGACCAAGGUCGAGCGUGACCUGGCCACCAUCUCGCGCGUCGUGACCGACGUCGACAGCAAGAUCAAGGACCUGACCGACAGCAUCAAGAACUUCAACGGCGACCCCUCCGGGCUCUCCAAGGCUUCGUCGACCUUGACGUCGACGCUCAAGCAGGGCGCCAGCGACGUCAACGCUGGCACCUCCAUCACGCUCAACGAGGCCAUCACCCUGCAGGCUCAGGUGUCUGGCCUCCAGAGUGACUCUAACAACCUCAUCAGCGCCCUGACCGACAAGAAGAAGGCCUUUGAGGAUGCCAGCCUCUGCGGCGUCAUCUACCAGCAGUCGGGCGACCUCGGCACCAACGCAAAGUCCCUCAUCGACGCCGUCGUCUCAAAGGUUCCCCAGGACGUCCAGUCCCUCGCCCAGCAGGUCGCUUCGGGCUUCAGCAAGACCCUCAUGGACACCCAGGCCCAGUUCGCCCCCGGCAACUGCACCAACAAGGGCACCGCCGCCGCCGUCCCCGCCGGCUCCCCUGCCGCCUCGGGCACCGGCUCUGUCGGCGGUGGCGCCUCGAGCAGCUCCCCCACCGGCCAGCCCGUCACCGCCGGUGCUGCCACCUUUGCCGCCCCGGUCGGCUUCGUCAUGGCCCUCGCUGCCGCCAGCUUUCUUUUGUAA